GCGCCGCGGCCGCGUCUUCCCCGCUGGGCCCUAACGACCGAGCGGCACCGCCGGCAGCCCGGAGGUGCGGCGGGACGGGAGCGGGUGGGGUACGCAGCGGUGCCCCAUCGCUGCCCCCAUCGGGUAUCGCCGCUCGCCCGCGGGGUAUCGUGGCCGCCCGGCGAUAGCCCAGCGUCGAGGCAGAGCUUCCCGGCACCGUCGGCUCUCGACUUAAAAAGCUGCAUAAUGGAGAUCAAGAGUUCAUCUUCCACAGUCAGUCAUGCAGUCCAGGAAGCUAGUGUCCAAAAGCAAACGUCAGUCCUGUCUUCAAAAAGGGCAGGCAGCAGGACCAAGAAAACCUCUGCUCCUUCCUUGGGAAGGUGAUGGAAUAGCUAAUCCUGGAAACCAUUUCCAGACACAUGAAGGAAAAGAUCAUCAGCAGUAGUCAGGAUUCACCAAAAGGAAGUCAUGCCUGACCAAACUGGUUACGCUUCUAUAAUGAAAUCACCAGCCUGAAGGACGGGGGUGACAGAGGCCAGCGGAUACUGUCUUCCUAGACUUCACUAAGGCCUCUUACACUGUCCUGCAUGAGAGAAGCUGCUGAAGAAUGAAAAGCGACUUAAAAAGCUGCAUAAUGGAUAUCAAGUGUUCGUCUUCUACAGUCAGUCAUACAAUCCAGGAAGCUAAUUGCCUAGAUAGUGCCAAGAAUGAGUCACAGUUACUAAAAAAUAGCGAUGAGUCAGAAUUGGACAGUGAUGAAGAUCUAGCAUGGCAACUCUAUGAAGCUGAAAAAGAAAAAUUAGACAUAGCCAUUAAACACCAUCAAGAACUGUCUAACCAUGAAAUCCAGAUUGUCAAAUUACGGUGUGAAGUUGAGAAAGGAGAGGCAGUGCGACAAAGUCUGGAGUAUGAAUUGGCAGUUGCCAGAAAAGAUGCUAAUUUGAGAAUGCGUGAUGCAGAAGAGGAAUUAAGUGUUGUAAAAACCAGGCUUGUGGAGCUGCAAGUAUUGAAUGAAAAACUUCAGCAGAAAGUGGUAGAGACUGAGAAAGCGUUUCAUAUUGCUCAACAGAAGUGGAAAGAACAACAGCAAAGACUUGCAAAUGAAAAGGAUGAUAUUCUCAGAAAAUGCAAGGACGAAUAUGAAUUGCUUCUUAAGGAGAGAACCAAACUGGAAAGUGUUUUGCAGGAGCAGAGUAGUGCACUGCAAAAUAUACGCGAAAAAGUGAAAGAUGUGGUGCUUGAACAUGACUGGUCUGAGCUGCUUAGGCAUCAGGUCAAUGAACUUGAAUGCAGUGCUGAACAAGAGGAACGACUUAAAAAAGAACUUGAAGCAGCUACAGUGAGAAUAAAGAAAUUGGAAGAAAACACUGAAGCAGAGAGAGCAGCGCAUUUGGAAUCCAAGUUCAAUUCAGAAAUCAUCCAGCUAAGAAUUCGAGACCUUGAAGGAGCUUUGCAGGUGGAAAAAGUCAGUCAAGCAGAAACUCUUUUGGAUUUAGAAAUGAUCAGGAAGCAGUUCAAAGAGGUAGAAAAUGCAUAUGAGAAAGAAAAACAGAAUGCCCAAGAGAACUUGGAAAAACUCAAUAUAUUAAAAAGAGAGUAUUUCUCCACAAACAAGCAAAUGAAUGAGAAGAUAGAGGAAAAGAAAAAGGUAAUUAAAGAUCUCUCUGAGAGGCUACAGGAUAAUGAAAAAACUCGCAGAGAAUUACAAGAGGAACUUGAAAUGGCCAAGAAACACCAGGUCUUUCUAACAGAGACGUAUGAAAACAACAUGAGAGAGCUGGAGUUACUCUUGGACAGCUUUGCUAUGUCAGGCCAGCGGACAGCAGGCACUUGUAAGGACAAAGAUAAGCCUUCAAGCUUCUCUGUCCUUGAGACUUUGAGUUGUACCUUGACAGCUUACCAGAACAAGCUGGAAGAUACAUCUAAUGAGCUUGGGAAAAUGAAGGCUUUGUGUGAAAAGAUGACAAAAGAACUUGAGAUAUCCAAAGAGAAAAUGUAUGCUUUAAGUCAAGACCUUAAGGAAGCACAGGAUAACUUGGCUGGUGCCAAUAAAGAGUUAAAUCAUCUGCAUACUAAGUGUGCAGACAAAGAGAUUUUAAUAGGAGCUUUAAAAAUGGAGCUACAGAAUGUACAGCAGUGCUGGGAGGAGGAGAAAAUAUGUGCCACAGAAUCUGAAAAUGAAAUCCAGAAGCUUACCAGGGCUUACCAGAAGGAUAUGGAGGAGAAGCUAACCUUCCUCCAUGGCUUGUACCAGCGGUUGGUAGCUGGCUGUGUGCUUAUAAAACAACCAGAAGGCAUCCUAGAUAGAUUCUCUUGGUCUGAGCUUUGUGCAGUCUUGCAGGAGAAUGUUGAUGCCCUGAUCUUAGACCUCAACAGGGCUAAUGAGAAGAUAUCUCACCUAGAAUAUGUUUAUAAGAACAAGUACGAUACUAUGAAGGAGCUUCAACAAAGCCAGGAAGAAGCUUUUAGCAAAAUGGCCAAACAGAUGAAAGCACAGGAAAGCUCUUGGCAGAAACAAAAAAAGUGUCUGGAACAGCAGUACUCAGGUCUCCUUGGGGAAGUUCAUGCAAGAGCACAGGAAUACCAAGAAACAGCAGAGAAAAACAAGGAAACAAUCUAUGUCCUUGAAAAAAGACGGGAGAAGUUGGCCCUUGAAAAUAUUUAUGUGAAAAAUACGUUAACACAGAUUCAGAAGGAACAUUCAUCUCUCCUGGCAGCAUGUGCACUAUUGGCAGGUGCCUUGUAUCCUCUCUAUGGCCGAUCAUGUGCUCUGUCUAUACAAAGACACCUUCUCCAGGAUCAGGUCAACAUCUAUGAAUUAGUUAACCAGGAGAUUAGGACUCUAGUUCAUGCUCUCUCUGGUGUAGAGGAAAAGAAGCAAGAAGCUAAAAUGAAGAAAAGAAAAUUCAAAGGCCUGAUACGUGUGUUCCGAAGAGGUGUGAUUGCAGUUCUGGCAGCCAACAGGCUUAAAGUUUUAGCUCAGUCUUCUAGUUCUCUUUUCUCCUGGGUAAAUGGUUUCAAAGAAGGCAUUGGAAUUCUAGUUUGUGUAGGGGACUCCAAAGGCAAGCAUAAUCUGUCAAGACACAAAGAGGAACAAAUUGAUUGUGUUGAAGCACUCAGCUGGUUUACUAGUUCUAAGCUCCUUGCUGCAAUAAUCAGUUCUGUCACAGAAUUACAGGAUGUUGUUAACAAAACAGAUCCAAAUUCCUGGCUUUCUGGACACUUACUUGUAAGUGCAGCCAGGAACUCCUUUUCAAAACUUAUGGACAAGCUUAAUGUAAUAAUGGAGACUGUUCCACUAGACAGCAGCAGGAGCAUUUCCUAUACAGAGGAGGACUCCUUGGUACGGAGGCUGGCUCGCGGACUUCAUAAAAUAAAUGCCCAGGCUCUGGAAGCUGGAUUUUGUGACAGACUACCCAUUAUGAAAAGCAUAGCAUCCUUGCAGAAGCAAAUAUUUGAGUUUACACAAAGACUUCAUACAGCAGAAGUGGAACGCCGCUCAUUGCGCCUAGAACUUGCAGAAUUCAAAGGGAAUUUCAUUGAGAUGAAAAAAGAGGCUGACAAAGCUCAGAGCCUGCAAAAGCAAUUAAAUAUGUUUAAGCAAUCUAAAUUGAUCACUCACGAGAGGUUUGAAAGUGCAUGUGAAGAAUUAAAUAAUGCAUUACAUCGGGAGCAUCAGGCACAAGUGCUUUUGAAUGAACAGGCACAGCAGCUACAGGAAUUAAAUAAUAAACUAGAAUUGCACUGCAGUGAAGAAGCAGAUAAAAAUCAAGUCUUAAGUGAAACUGUAAAGAGACUCUUCGAGGCAAAGAUGGAGCUGAGAAGAAAAGAUCAAUCUCUGCGUCAGCUCAAUAGACUUCUUACCCAGCUGGAGCAGGACAAGCGUCGACUGAAAGAGAGCAUCCAUGAUGCAGAGAGUGCCCUCUGCAUGGCAGCGAAACACAAAGAAUUGAUCGUUAGUCAGAUGAAAUCUGUGGAAGCCACUCUUAAUAAGGUCAGAGAUCAGACCUUGCUGUCACAGACUGCGGCAACCAGGAAUGACUUCACCCUGCAGCUACCCAAACUGCACCUAGGGACCUUUGCAGUGGAAGGGCUGAAGGGCGGGCCAGAGGUUGUAGCAUUUCAGAGGCCAGAAUAGUGCCUCUUCUGGAAUCUGACUGCUCAGCUUAUUACCGGAUAAAACUGUGUGUUCGUUCUCCUGGAGUUUAACAUAUGCUGUCAACAGAACCUGGGCUGCCCUCCUCCUCUUUUCUUCUCCUCUCCAAAAGAACUAAUUUCCUACCUACUGUCAAAAUGUGCUGCUUCUGGACUGACCACCAGCCUGCCUUCUAACAUAUUGUUUAAAGAAAAAAAAAGAUUAUUUAUUAAUAUCAUGAUACUUUGUACUUGCACCAUGAGUUGAAAUGCUUAUAAAUAAGUGCACUAAACUCAUGAGAGUGGAAUUACACCUUCUGCAACUCUGAUCUUUUGCAAAUUCCAUUGUACUAAAAAUAAAGUUGAUGCAAUGCUUACGGAACAAUAAUUAACAUCUAAAUAAAAUCUGAAUGACCAGAUUGAAGAGAUUUAACAUGAAGAAUUCUAGCAUCUCCUUGAAUGUGUUCAGCUGUUAUCUGGAGUCGUGUCUCCAGAUAGGUUGCAUUGUGACUAUAAGUAUUUAGAAGCCAUUUUAGCAUAAUUUAUUUUAACUAUAACUCCUUUAAAUACAGUAUUCCUUGUGAGCAUGUAUAUUUGACUGCACAGUUAUGUAUUUUGGAUGUAUUCAUGAACCUGACCUGGCAGAAAGCACUCUUUAUAGACUAUACAUAAACUUUUUUGGAUUAUUAAGGUGCUGGUGGUGAUGGUCUGAUAUUAUGAGAAUCCUGCAUUAUAUUCUGUGGUAUUCAAAUGAAUUGUAUGCUCCUUGGAUCCAAAUUCCAUUACAAGAGAGAUUGCUUCUGGCACAAGGAUAAACCACCUUACAAGGUUUCUCAUUAGUGUAACAUAACCACAGGUGCCCAGUGGCACCUCCCCUGAGUUGUUCCAGGAUGUUUCUGUGACGGCUAUGGUGGAAGCUUCUCUUUGAGAAAGGCUGGUUUUGAUAAUAACCUUAUUAAAUAAUGCAGCCUUGAAAAUCUGAGGAGUUGAAAGUCUGUAUUUGUUACUGCUUAGAUUACUACAUUUGUUGCACAUUUGUUAAUGAAACAUAACAUUAAUGUACAUUUGCCCAACACAACAUAUAACAUAAAUAAGUGAAGCAUCUUCAAAGCAUCAGUGAUGCUGGAAAUCUGACUUAUGGUUUGAGUUUCACAUCACUUUUCCUUUCUGCUGAUUGUGUUCCCAAUUUACUCUUCUUUUCACAUCAUUUCUUUUAGCAGUUUUUUGCUGCCUGUCCUCAAUGGGCAUUCUGUUACUCUCUCUCUCCUUUCCUCAGUUUCCCCCAUCCUUAUCAUUAGCCUCUUUCCAUCACUUUCUCAGCCAACUUUCACUUUUUUGUUUCUCACCUUGCCUUACUUCAUUCUAAUAAACUUACUUCAUUAUAAUAAACAGCUAGGGACUAAAUGAAGAAAAUGUUAGAAGGCUUUGUAGUAGCUGAUACAUUGAUUACACCCCAGUCCUGUUAAGUCUUUGACACUUAGGACAGUAAAUAUCAAAGUCAGUAUCUGUAAUCAUCAAUUAAUCAAAUACUGAAAGCUGUAUCUUUAUGCCUGUGAAUACACUAACUUUUAUCCAGCCUCGUUUGUAAGCAUUAUUAAUUUUGUAAAAACUUACAGUCGAGAUCUGCUGCUGAUUAUCUUGAAUGCCAAAGUUAGUGUAUAAUCAUUUAACCUCUCUUAAUGGAGAAAUUUCUUUUCUGACCCUUUCAAGCAGUUGUGUAAAUAUCUGCCUUUGUCCACUUAGAAUUUUUCAUACAUUUCUAUCCGUGGUAUGUGGGUAAUCUGUUAAGAUGAAACCUGUGCUGAUAAGUAAGGAAGUUCACUCAGUAGACAUGAUCUCAAUAUGUAUCCAAAGCUGCCUCAGUCAAUGAGUGCAAUCUCCUAAAUGCUGUAAUUACAAAAAAAAAAAAAAAAAAGGCAUUGUCCAAUAACAGAAAAUAACAAAUAGUUAUCACAGCACCUUGUUUGUUUGACAUUUUUUCUCAGGUACUCAUGAGGUUAUCUCUGUGCAGUAUUUUAGGAAUAGGAGUCAUUGUAUCAGAUAGCCACUCCAUAGCUUGGAUGUGACUGUAUUGUUUGAUAUUGUCUGCAUUGUAUGCUGUUGUAACACAGAUAAGCCCAUUCAGAAGCACAGCUGUUAAACUGCCAAUAGUCAUGUGGGUUGCAAAAGGAAUUCAUGAAAUGAAUAUCAUGAAAGAUUAGGAAUUGUCUUGAGCCUUACUUUUUGUGCUGGUUGUUUUAAUUUCAAAAACUAACAAGUGCUAGGCAAGUGAGCCUAUACAAUAGGAUUUAAUAAAACAAACUUAAUUACACAAAUAUCUUAGUAGCAAGAACAGAAUCAAAACAUUUUAUAUUAAUUACAUUUAAAGUAAAAAAAAACCUCUUAAAUGCUAAAUCUUUUGUUUACUCUUUUUUCACUUAACUGCUUAGUAUUCCAUCAUUAUAUAGCAUCUCCCCAAACAUUUGUUAUUCUUACUGAUCACUUACAGAGAAAAAAAAAAGAAAUAAUACACUAUAUUAGUGCAAGAAUUUUGUAUCGGCAUCAAGGGAGGCAUUUCUGCCCUGAUACUGCAUUUGGUGGGCCUUGUAGUUGAAGACCUGGAAAAGGAAGGGUUAUCUACAACUUGAGCGAGUUUAUUAUGGCUUAGUGAUUUGCUGAUUGAUUUCAUUUGCUGUCAGUUAAGGCUCUCUUAAUGUCAGUUUUCUUUGCAUAAUGCCUUGAAAUAAAGACUGAUGAAGUUUUUCAGAUUGAUGCCGCUUACAUAAACUGACCCUGAUUUGCCCUUCUGCAUGACAAUAUAAGUGACAGCAGUUAGAGGAAAAUAUAGCAAUGAAUAUGCAACUUAAGGAUUAAGAAAAACACAGUAAACCUUUCAGAAUAUAAAACUAGGUAUAAAAAAAUAGCUCUUGUGUUAAUUUCACAAUUGUCCUAUAUUUAAGAAAUAGGCCAGGAUAACAUCCUAAGUGGUAUACCACUCAAGUGAAAUUCCAAGAGGACAAGUUUUAAAAGGAU